GCCUCGAAUAUGUUCCUGGCACCUACGACUAUACCCGACUAUACUGUAAAUGCAUAAUUAAUUCAUCCCAAUCACGAAAAUCAUACCGUAAUAGUUGUACAGUACCAAGUACUCGGGACUAUUAUUUAGAAUUAAAACACAAUGGAAAUAAUAUAAAUACUUUUGCUAUGCCUCAGCCGCAAGAUAACGCUCGUGUCAUAUUCCUCAUCAUCUUAAUAUUCUGGCUUGCCACCACUCCAGACUCCGGUCCAGGCCUCAUAGCUGGUCCAUCGCUAAUAAAGAGCCGACUCGCCCGCCAACGACAUGCACUCGGAAUCCUAAAUAGCACCCAAUGGGGUGACUUCUCGCCACGCCUUACCGACGACCCCCCAGAGACCGAGGCCAAAUAUUUAAACCUGACGGGUUUCCGAGAAGAAGAUGGCUAUGCUUGGGAUGACCUUCAACGUUUCAAAGACCGAUGCGAGGAGUGGAGUGCGAACGCGGUGGGAAUUCCGGAAGUCGCCGAACCUGUAUGGCAGAAUGCGACGGGAGUAGUACGCGGUUGGUGGCAGAGGAUAAACGCAACCACGUCGAGAACCCAUGAAAGCUAUAACUUGACCGAGAUUAGCCCAGGCGUUGCAUGGACUGGCUCCAGCUCCGACUGGAGGAGGAAUGUUACUGGCACGGAAGGGAAGAUCAUGAUGCGCAUAGAGGAUAUCGAAGAUGCUGCGACGGAACCCGAGGAAAUAGAUAGAAUGGUGUUGGAGAAGGCUGAGAUCAAAGCUCGGGAAGUGUCCGCAACCGUGAGCAUCGAUGAUAUAAAAGGGACUGGGAACAGUUGGGAGAUGCGAGUCCACGGUGUCCAUUGGCCUCACCGGGGGGUCAUGCUUCUGACAACUACGAGCGAGAAAUACGCCGGCAUCUUCGGUCUACCUCACCUUACCACCCAACCGGAUUUCUUCCAGUCUACUCAAGCUCUAUUGAACAGAACAUUAGACAAGGCGCUUGCGAAGAAAGAGCAACACACUUUCACCGACCAGAUCGACCCCUGGAGUUCUAAUUUAGAUGCGCCGGGUGAAGUUUGGAACCCAUCUCCACAUUGUGAAUACCUGCUUUACGUACAAGUCCAUCCUUUGGACCAAGACCUACUAGGGGUGCAACCCAGUCUCACAGGACCGGAAAAUGUCGCAAAGGCUAUCCACGACAUUGAAAAUGAGCUUCGUUUCCCUCAAGGAACUGGCCACCGACAUAUACCACGGCUCCAAAUGUCCGCUGUGAUAUAUUCACCUGAUUGUGCCUUCUUCCUUGAGACAAAAGGGCCUCCAGCAUUUGCGCCGGUUGACGGAAAACACAUGCUGGGCGUAAAACAAGAGAUUUUCCUCUACGGCGUUACUACGUUCCUCUUGGGUCUAGCAUUAAUCAUCUUCGGGCAACUCCAACUACUCAAGAUGCAAAUGAGAGAAACUUCUACACCGUCAACAUUAGGCCGUGUAAGUUUUCACACUGGAUGCAUGAUGUUACUCGCCGACGGCAUGCUCUUCACCGGUUCGGCAGCAUGGAGCUUCUCGGCUUCAACAACACUACUCCCAUCCUUGGCAGUUACAUGCGUCUCGUUUUUGUCCAUGACUGUCGAAACAUUCUUUCUAGCUGAGAUCUACAAAGUACAAGAGCCCGAAUGGAGGCGUCAGGAGAGGGAGAGGGAGAGGGAACGGGAACGUCAGAGUAGGGCUAGGCUUGCCCAUGUGGUUCCGCCUUCAUCUGGGGGUACGCCUACGCGUACUCGUACACCUACACCUACCUCGAAUCCAGCAAUGACUACUACAAAUCUUCCUAGUUCCCGCCAGACUCCUGUAAAUAACCCACCUCGUCCUCCAAGGUCGCCCCCAAUUAUUAUUCCAUCAGAUCAAGACAUCGAUGCUGAAAUCGCCGAGGUUACGAACAAUAAUAACAAUGCCACUCUUCCUGCUCCAGCAACAGCAGCAAAUGCUACACCCACCUCCCAGAAUAUUAGAACACAACUAAGCAACAUAUUUGGUCGUUUGUUACUCAUCGGCAUGUGUGUCCUCUUCCUCAGUCUUGCCGCAGCCAGCUGGCGACCCAAUCUGCGCGCCACGUAUUUCAACAUUCUCCUCUUCGCUUAUCUCUCGUUAUGGCUACCCCAGAUCUAUCGCAAUGUCUACCGCAACUGCCGUAGAGCAUUAUCAUGGCAUUUUGUCAUCGGGCAGUCCGUGCUGCGCCUGAUCCCCGUAGCCUACUUUUAUAUCUUACCGAACAACUUCGCCUUUGCCGAAACCGACUGGACCGCCUUCAUCGUGCUUUCCGGCUGGCUCUGGAUCCAGAUCUGGGUCCUGGUAGCCCAGUCUAUCCUCGGCCCUAGGUUCGGCGUGCCCAAAGGCUUGAUGCCCGAGGCCUGGGAGUACCACCCUGUGCUUCGCGAGGACAAUAUCGAGGCGGGUGGGUUGCCAAUCGGACUGGUGUCUACGCCGAGUAGCCCGACGUCACCAGAACGAGUCCGGACAGGUGAGGAAGGGAAAGAUAGGAAGAGAACGAACAUACAUGUCAUCGACUGCGCUAUCUGCAGGGAGGACCUGGAAGUGCCUGUCGUCAAAGCCGGCGACGACGACCCGACGGCUGGGGGCGUCGCAGGCGUGUUCGCCAGACGCAUGUACAUGGUUACCCCCUGCCGGCAUAUCUUCCAUAGCGCGUGUCUGGAGGGCUGGAUGCGGUUUCGACUGCAGUGUCCUAUUUGUAGGGAAGAGUUGCCGCCCUUAUAGUUAAUUGUGUGUAUAUAUACAUGUGGGAGUACUAUGGAAGUAGGUAGGGAUAUUCUAAUUAUUACAUUGUUCCAAAGGACUA